AUGGCUAGCCCUCCAGUUCUCUCGUUCGAUGCUGAGGGCCGCCCGAUUAAGUUUGAGACAUGGCUCGAUGAUCUGCACCUGUUCCUCCAGCUCACUGCCAGAGAGGAUAUCUCGCUGUACGAUCACGCACUAGGCACAGUCCCUCCUCCUGCUACUACUGCUACUGCUACUGCUCGCUCACAGUGGCAGACUCGCGAUGCCCACGCCCGCUUUGCUAUUCGCAACUCCCUGCCAGUCGACGAGCGCGAGCACUUUGGCCAGCAUCAGACUGCGCAGGCCCUGUACACUGCUGUAGCUGCGCGCUACUCCUCCCCGGCCUCAGCUGCACUAGGCCGCCUCUCGCUUCCCUACCUGUUCCCCGACCUGUCCGCCUUCCAGACAGUCGCUGACCUCAUCACUCACCUCCGCACUAGUGAUGCCCGCUUCCGUGCAGCCAUGCCCGCUGAGUUUCUUGCCUCCAACCCUCCCCCGCUCUGGCUCACUCUCUACCACCUAGUCACCCGCCUCCCUGACACUCUGCGUACAGUCAGGGACCACUUCCUAGCUCGCUGCCCCACUGAGCUCACCAUUACCGCCCUAGAGAAGGAACUACUUGCAGCUGAGAAGAGUAUUGUAGCUGUAGGUGCCUCUCGUGGCGACCCCCGCACCCCUUUCUUCGAGGGGUGUUCCCCCUCCCCCCUGCUCCCCUCUGUCGCCUCUGCUGCUGCUGUCGACCUCCUUGGUGCUGAGCAGGUCGGCUCUGCGUCCGCUCCCAGCGGGCGUCGCAGCGGUAAGGGCAGGGGAGGCAAGGGCGGUGGGGGUGACGGCGGGGGAGGCGGUGGUGGGGGUGGUGGCGGCGGUGGGGGUGGUGGCGGGGCUGGAGGGGCUAGUGGCAGCGGUGGGAGUGGUGGAGGCAGCGGCGGCGGCGGUGGCCGGGGUGGGGGCGGUGGUGGUGGCGGCAGUGGACGUGGAGGCGGCAGGGGCGGUGGUGGUCGUGGUGGAGGCGGCGGUGGUGGUCGUGGAGGCUCUGGCACUGGCCAGAACGCGCAGCACCCUCAGUCCUCCCAGGAGCUUCGUGAGUGGUACUUACAGCACGGGGGUGGGGGGGGUAGCCUUAGCUGCACGUACGUCAUCCGCACUGGUCGCCGCAAGGGACAGACGUGCGGGAGGGCGCACACUGCGCAGCGCUGCUUCUCUCGCCUAGAUGACGCGUGGCGUGCUCAGUUUCCUGACGCUCCUGAGCUCCCUCAUGGAGAGGAGGACCAGUACCUGUGUGUUCCGCCUGACCCAGGCAUCCGCACGAGUGAGGCUGCCGCCCUAGGUGCUUGCGUGUCUGCUGCCCCAGGUGCUAGUGCGGCUACUGCUCUAGGUGCUUGUGUGUCCGCCACCCCAGGUACUACUGAGUCCACUGAGGCACUGCACACCUUCACUCUAGACUCAGGCACUUCGCGCUGUUUCUUUCGUGACCGCACUGCUCUUGAGCCCCUUGCUCGACCAGUCGCUGUCUCGCUCGCUGACCCCUCUGGGGGUCCGGUCAUUGCGACCUCCUCCACUGUCCUUCCUUGUCCUGCUGUCCCGUCGGGCACACUGUCAGGUCUCCACCUCCCCUCGUUCUCUACAAACUUGGUGGCAGGUUGUGCGCUUCAGGAUGGGGGUGUUCACCAGUUCACCCCUGCCUACGACCGCGUGACACACUGCACGUGUGCUCGGACGGGCCGUCACCUGGCUACCUUCACUCGGCAGCCGGGGUCGGACCUGUACACACUGACCACUGAGUCCCCUCAGGUAGCGGCGUCUGCGUCUGCGUCUGCGUCAGGUCAGCUGUCUGCCCCCUGCUCGUGUCGCUCUCUAGCGCACAAGACUGUCCUCUGGCACCACCAACUUGGUCACCCGUCAGUGCAGCGCCUUCGGGGCAUGCACUCCCGGUACCUUGUCUCUGGUCUUCCUCGGGUACUCCCUCCCCUCCCACCCUCCCUUGCUCCUGCUUGUCUUCCCUAUGUCGAGGGGCGGCAGCGCGCUGCCCCUCACUCGUCCUCGUUCCCCCCCGACGACAGCUCCUUUGCAGACGCUCCACAUGGACGUGUGGGGCCCAGCCCGCGUCCGUGCAGAGCACGUCUUCAGCUGCGAGAGCGUUUUCGCUCGGAGUUUCCUGUCCUGCGCUUGCACUCUGACAGAGGUGGCGAGUUCUCCUCCGACCUCUUGGCAGCCUACUGUGCCGAGCACGGCAUUCGCCAGUCGUUCAUGCUUCCGGCCUCUCCACAGCAUAAUGGGGUUGCUGAGCGCCGCAUUGGCUUGGUCAUGGAGGUCGCUCGUACCUCCUUAGUCCACGCGGCUGCCCCCCACUUUCUGUGGCCGUUUGCGGUCCGGUACGCUGCGCAUCAGCUCAACCUCUGGCCCCGUGUCUCCGCUCCGGAGACCUCGCCCACACUGCUGUGGACGGGGGAGGUUGGCGAUGCGUCACGCUUCCGUGUCUGGGGAUCCCGAGCUUUUGUUCGCAACACGUCUGCGGACAAGCUCUCCUCCCGCACUGCUCCCUGUGUCUUUCUUGGCUUUUGUCCCGGAUGCGUCUGGCUGGCAGUUUUACCACCCCCGCCUCGCACCGCGUCUUCCCCUCUCAGGACGUUACUUUUGACGAGUCCGUGCCCUUCUACCGCCUCUUCCCAUACCGCACUGCCCCGCUCCCUCCCCCGCCUCUCUUCCUCACGCCAGGUGCUGCAGUGGUAG